CGUUCGCACUAGAAUUGGCAGCUCCAUCGCAAAUCUGGGAGUUUUCCUCUGAGGAAUACUGUCUUCUCCCUGGGGAAGACAUCAAGAGCUACAGAAAGCUCCAUUUCCUUGAUCAGGAGCUGGAAAAUCCACAGGAGUAGCUGAGUUAUUCAUUCUCUUGCCGCCAACUAAUUUCCCUUUCUAGUUGGUUGCGGUGAAUCUCUCCUCCCCUUAGAGCUAUCAAGAUGGGAAAAACAGCACAGAUUGAAAUAGAAGGCAAUAGGCCACUUAGUCCCUCCUGCGCAGAUGACCCUGCCCGCACACACCCCGUGCCCCCCCUGCCUCUCCCUGCCGCAGUUGGAGGCGGGCUCUUGGGAUCUGAUGACGAGGAGCAAGAGGACCCCCGCGAUUACUGCCGAGGAGGGUAUUAUCCAGUAAAGAUUGGGGACCUCUUCAAUGGGCGCUAUCAUGUGGUACGGAAACUUGGAUGGGGACACUUUUCGACUGUCUGGCUGUGUUGGGACAUUCAGCGGAAGCGCUUUGUGGCCCUCAAAGUGGUGAAGAGUGCUGUACAUUACACAGAAACGGCUGUGGAUGAAAUCAAGCUACUAAAAUGUGUGCGAGACUCUGAUCCUAGUGAUCCAAAACGGGAGAAUAUUGUCCAACUGAUCGAUGAUUUCAAGAUCUCAGGGAUCAACGGUGUCCAUGUUUGCAUGGUCCUUGAGGUUUUAGGACACCAGCUGUUGAAGUGGAUAAUCAAAUCCAACUACCAAGGGCUUCCCAUACCUUGUGUCAAGAGCAUCUUAUGCCAGGUGCUACAGGGCCUUGACUACCUCCACACAAAGUGCAAAAUAAUCCAUACAGACAUCAAGCCAGAGAAUAUCCUGCUGUGUGUAGAUGAGAGUUAUAUACGACGGCUGGCAGCUGAAGCCACUCUCUGGCAGCAGACUGGGGGCCCUCCCCCCUCUGGUUCUGCAGCUCUGCACCCCAGGAAAGCCUGCCCUGGAGUUGUGAGUGAUGGGGCUGUGACAUGGGGCCCUCUCAUCUCCCAGAAUGGGAAGCUUUCAAAGAACAAACGGAAGAAGCUGAAGAGGAAGCAGAAGCGGCAGAGCCAGCUCCUGGCUGAACGACUUCGGGACCUUCAGCAGCUGGAGGAACUGGCAGCUACAAAUGCAGGGACCGGGAAAUCCACAGUGACCACAGAAGGGCAUUGCAGUUGCCCCAUCUCAGUCUCUGGAGGGGGAGAGCCCUUGGGGGGAUCUCUGGCCUGUAGCCCCCAAAGCCUGACGUCGUCCUCCGGCUUCUACACACACAAUGCCUACGACAGCUGCAAUGGGCAUUCCCCACCAGGAACCUCCAGCCAUCACUUCAGCCCUGACUCCACCACCUCCGGCUUCUCAGGAUCACUCUUCUCCGGCUCAGCCUUGUCAGGCAUUUCUAACCAGCGGGAGCGCGGAGGGCUUCUCUCACCCAGCACUUUUGGCACCUCUGAAUUUUUGGUGAACCCUUUGGAACCCCAAAAUGCAGACAAGAUCAGAGUGAAGAUUGCAGAUCUGGGCAAUGCCUGCUGGGUGCACAAGCAUUUUACAGAAGACAUUCAGACUCGCCAAUAUCGGGCUUUGGAGGUCCUGAUUGGUGCCGUCUACAGCACUCCAGCCGAUAUCUGGAGUACAGCAUGUAUGGCUUUUGAGUUGGCAACCGGGGACUAUCUCUUUGAACCUCACUCUGGAGAAGAUUAUACAAGGGAUGAAGAUCAUAUUGCCCACAUUGUUGAAUUACUUGGCGAUAUUCCCCCCCACUUUGCUCUUUCAGGGCGCUACUCGCGUGAGUACUUCAAUCGGCGAGGGGAACUACGUCACAUAAAGAACCUGAAGCACUGGGGACUCUACGAGGUCCUGGUGGAGAAAUAUGAGUGGCCUCUUGAACAAGCAGCCCAGUUCACGGACUUCCUGUUGCCCAUGAUGGAGUACAUCCCAGAAGAGCGUGCUACAGCUGCCCAGUGCCUCGAGCACCCAUGGCUAAAUUCUUAGGGACAAAUCUUGCUCAAGCAAACUGAUUGAUGAAGUAAGGGGACUCUGGCCCACAUGGAGUUUCCUGGCUCAUGGUGUAGCCCUCUUUGCUGGAGUGAUGAUGUGGGGAGGAAGAAUUCCUCUUAGUUCCAAGAUUGGAGACUCUGGCUGAUUAAACCAGGGUUUGUAUGGCUGGACUGGAAUCCCACACAUCACUUUGUGGCUACUUCUGAAGCACAAAUGGAAGAUGACCGGGAUCCCUUGCCCACACUUUCGUUGCAUAUGCCUUCUUGGUUGACAAUGGCCAUCUUCUCUAGGUGCCGUUGAUUGAUUGAUGCUGUUUGACUGUUUUUAACCAAUUCUGAGAUUACUUGCAGAUUUUUUUCUCCCUUUUAAGGUAUAUGUUUAAAGGUUCCCACCCUUAAACUAAACAAGUGUGGCAGAAAAGUAGUUUGAGAGGGAUGGAUAUGUGCAAGGUAUUAAUAGGUGGAUGGUGAGUUGGACGUGCCUGAGUGUUGGAGCAAGAAGCUGGAAACAGUUGCCGAUUUCUUAUUCAAAAGCUUUUUUCUGAAGAAAAUAUAUCCCUUCCCCUGCCCAAACUUCUAAGCCUCUAGGAAAUGUGGCCUUUUUUGAGCAAAACCUGUUACGCAAGUGAAUGAAGUUUUGUAGAGUUACAUGAUGUUGACGUAGAAAUUCAAAAGUGGAAGUAUUUAGAGGGGUGAGAGAAAGAAGCCCAUGGAAAAAGAAGUAGAACUAUGUCAGUAGCAAAGUGGAAGAGGAAGGAUUCAUACUCCAGUGGGUUCUCAGUACCUAGAUAAUGCUAUCAGGCAUUUGCUGGGAAGAUUCUCCAGAAUUGUGAUCAACAGCUGAAUAAAUAGAAAGAUGUAGUAGUAUCCCUCCUCCUUCCAUGAGCAUUUAUGGUUCCUUCUUCAUAUUACUAGGCUACAGCCCCUAAUAUGCAUGCUCUUCACUAUUCAGGGGCUGAGUAACUGCUCAUAAUUUGGUAUUUUGAGAACCUCAACUAAAAAAGUUCUAGCCCUCAUUGCGGUUGGGAAAACAUUUUUGCAAAGGUAUGUAGUAAUUUUUUUAGCAGUCUGGUUUUUCUAUAUGCCUUGUGAUGUCCAAUGUUUUUACUUCUACACGGUUUCAUUUCCUUUAGCCCAUUUUUUAUCCAAUUUUUGAGAUGAUUAGGAAUAGAGAAUAAUCCUCGUAUCAUUGGUGUUUGCAGAACUUGGGGGGGAAGCAAGCUAGCUGUAUGUGUGCGGUUAGUGUAUUUUCAUGGUGGAUGUUUGGGGUUGUUCAAAUUGUUGCCAUCUUGGGCUGCUAUUGCAACUCCUGUCCUGAUUUUCAACACUUGCUACUUGUGAUUAGCAUUUUUUUUUU